GGCGCCACUUUAGCCAACCAAAUUCUGCCGUAAACAACCAGGAAGUGUCUCGCUGCUGCUGCUCAGACGGCAACAGCUCCGCCCGCCUCUCCGUCUCCCACCGUCUCUCUCUCUGUGUCUACCUGUCUCUCUGUCUUCCUACCUGCCUCCCCCCCUCCCUCCAUCCCUCCCUCCGUCCCUCUCCUCCCCCCUCUCGGUGCGGACAUGCUCCCGGGGCUCCGGAGAUGAGGCUCCGAAAUGUCUCCUUCCUGACGGUCUUGUUGUUUGGGCUGUGCGGGCUGGUCUCCCUGUCCUGGUACACCGCCUUCAGCAGCUCCAGAGGAGAUGUCGUGGAUAUCUACCAGAGGGAGUUCCUGGCGUUGAGGGAGCGCCUCCACUCGGCUGAGCAGGAGAACCUGCGGCGCUCCAAAGAGCUGAAUCUGGUCCUGGAGGAGAUCAAAAGGGCCAUCGCCGAGAAACAGGCGCUGAGAGACAUCAACCGCACCUGGAGCAGCCUCUCCGAGGAGACGAGGCUGAAGUUGUGGAAUGUGAGCAGCAGUAAAAACGUCCUGCAGCUUCCCUCCAUCUUCCAUCAUCUUCCUCACCUGCUGAACAGAGAGGACAGCCUGCUGCCUGCCGUGCACCUGGGACAGGGACGCACCGGAGUUUCCAUAGUGAUGGGGGUUCCCAGCGUGAAGAGGGAGGUCCACUCCUACCUGACCGACACGCUCAGCUCUCUGAUGUCAGAGCUCAGCGCUGCCGAGAAAGAGGACUGCGUCAUCGUCGUCCUCGUCGCAGAGGCUGACCAACAGUAUGCCAGCAGUGUAGCAGACAACCUGAAGCGCCUUUUUCCAGCAGAGAUCCAGUCGGGUCUGCUGGAGGUCGUCUCUCCGUCCGUCCACUUCUACCCCGACUUCUCUCGUCUCCGAGAGUCCUUCGGAGACCCAAAGGAGAGAGUCAGGUGGAGGACGAAGCAGAACCUGGACUACUGUUUCCUGAUGAUGUACGCUCAGACUAAAGGAACUUACUACGUCCAGCUAGAGGACGACAUAGUCGCUCGUCCGAACUACUUCACCACCAUGAAGAACUUUGCGUUGCAGCAGCCGUCGGAGGAGUGGAUGAUCCUGGAGUUUUCUCAGCUCGGCUUCAUCGGUAAGAUGUUUAAGUCUUUGGACCUGUCGCUCAUCGUGGAGUUCAUGCUGAUGUUCUACAAAGACAAACCCAUCGACUGGCUGCUGGACCAUAUCAUGUGGGUCAAGGUGUGCAAUCCAGAGAAGGAUGCGAAACACUGUGACAGGCAGAAAGCCAACCUGAGGAUUCGGUUUAAGCCGUCCCUCUUCCAGCACGUCGGCACCCACUCCUCUCUGGCUGGAAAAAUACAGAAACUCAAGGAUAAGGACUUUGGGAAACAGACCCUCCAUAAGGGUCACGCCAACCCGUUGGCGGAGGUGACGACCAGCCUGAAGACCUACCAGCACUUCACCCUGGAGAAAGCCUACCUAGGGGAGGACUUCUUCUGGGCCUUCACCCCUGUAGCAGGGGACUUCAUACGGAUACGCUUCUUCACACCUGUCCGCAUUGAGAGGUAUUUCUUUCGGAGCGGAAACAUCGAACAUCCAGGAGACAAACUUUUCAACACAUCAGUGGAGGUUCUUCCCUUCGAUAAUAUCCAGGCAGAGAAAGAGGCCUUGACAGAAGGGAGGGAGAAAACGCCAAAGUACCAUCGGACAGAAGACGGAUUCAUCAGAAUAGGAACCUUCCAGAACGGGAUCGCAGAGGGGGAGGUGGACCCCACCUUCGGGCCCCUGGAGGCCAUGCGUCUCUCAGUGAUGACGGACUCGCCGGUCUGGGUGAUCCUCAGCGAGAUCUUCAUAAAGAAAGCAGAGUGAAGCUCCUCUCCCCCUCAGCGAUACCUCGGCACCUCCGAGCGUUCAGCCGAGCUGACCGGAGGCUCGUCAGCUGCCGUCCUGCUCUAGUCCCGCUCACCAGAUCCCCACCGCGGCGCAGCAGCGCCGCCGUCUGGCCGGACCUCGCCGCUGCAGGGCUGAACAGAUCAGAGACUGAGAACACAUCACACAGACGGACCGCUGAUAACAGGCUGAGUGGGAGAACCUGUCUGACCCGACAUGCAAAAAGAGAGUUUCCUCUCAGAUGAUGCUGUAAUUAGUCCUGAGUCUGUAUUUAUGUGUACAUACAGUAAGUAAAUGUUGAAAACACUGGUAACCGUGGAGGCGGCGGCGGCGGCGAGAGCGCCGCGCACCACUUCUGAUGAUGAAACCGCUGCUUCAGACUCAAAGGCCUCUUUCUUUCUGCAGAUGGUCGGUCCGGACCUUUCUACCAACACUACCCCACCAGUAUACCCCCACAGUAACCAUGUAUGUGCAUAUAUGCAUAGCGAUGUACACACGAUCAUAGGAAUGCCCUCUCAGUGUGUUGAUAUGUGUCUGUAGUUGCUGCUCGGGGUUCAGACCUUUUCCCUCCAUCGGUGAGCGAUUUGCCUUAAAGAAGACGAAGAGCAGACUUACUUCAAACAGAAACGAGUCCCAGACUGAAACAUGUAGCGACAACAAAUACCCAGAAUCCUUUGCUGCGACCUUCUCACAUCUUUGUGGCUUGAAACUACUGACGAUGACAGCUGAUAUUUUGUUUAUUUUAAGUUAACUGAGGCCUUCUCACUGACGACCGCUGUUCUGCUUUACAGUGCUCUAAUGUACUCUACAGUACUCUACAGUACUCUAAUGUACUUUACAGUACUCUACAGUACUCUAAGGUACUCUAACGUACUCUACAGUACUCUACAGUACCCUAAGGUACUCUAACGUACUCUACAGUACUCUAACAUACUUUACAGUACUCUACAGUACUCUAAGGUACUCUAAUGUACUUUACAGUACUCUAACGUACUCUACAGUACUCUACAGUACUCUAAGGUACUCUACAGUACUCUACAGUACUUUACAGUGCUCUAAUGUACUCUAAGGUACUUUACAGUACUCUACAGUACUCUAAUGUACUCUAAGGUACUUUACAGUGCUCUAAUGUACUCUACAGUACUCUAAGGUACUCUAAUGUACUCUACAGUACUCUAAUGUACUCUAAGGUACUUUACAGUGCUCUAACGUACUCUAACGUACUCUACAGUACUUUACAGUACUCUACAGUACUCUACAGUACUCUACAGUACUUUACAGUACUCUAAGGUACUCGAAUGUACUCUACAGUACUCUAAUGUACUCUAAGGUACUUUACAGUACUUUACAGUGCUCUAAUGUACUCUACAGUGCUCUAAUGUACUCUACAGUACUCUAAGGUACUCUGAUGUACUUUACAGUGCUCUAAUGUACUCUACAGUGCUCUAACGUACUCUAAUGUACUCUAAGGUACUUUACAGUACUCUAAUGUACUUUACAGUGCUCUAAUGUACUCUACAGUACUCUACAGUACUCUAAGGUACUCUACAGUACUUUACAGUACUCUAACGUACUCUAGUUUCCUCUGCUGUGCUCUAUUGUACUUUACUGUACUGUAGUUUUCCAGUCCAGUGCAAAAAUGAAGAUUCACAGUUUUUCUUUUCUUUCAGUCUGUCAUUGACACGCCUUUGGUAAUAAAUAGUAUAAAUUAUAAAAUUCUUCCAAUAAUUUAAUUUUCGUUUCCCUGUGAAGACGCAGACUAUGUCUUCAUGUUGGCUUUCGUGUCAAGAGGAGAGAAGUUUUGAUAAAUUGUUCCCUCAAAUCAUUGAUGUUGUUUCCUUCAGUCCACGUCUCCUUGUGUUCCCUCACAUCUAAUUUUGGCCAUUUUCAUACAGUUUUUGUUCCCUCGCUUCAGUAAUUUGUGCCCUCAAAUGAUCAAAAUAAUUCCUUCAAAAUUCCAAACGAGGAGUUGUCUCCUUCAGGCCACGUGUCCUCGUCGCCCCCACACUCUCACUGUGGACCGAAGGGAUUUAAUCCACUUUGAUCCGGAUCUUAGAUUGCAUGUAUGUGAACGUAUAUCCACAUGCUUUACUGUGCUUCUGGUCUGUCACUAAACAGUGAUUUUUAUUUGAACCUUUCCUGUUUCAACACGACACAAAGCAGCUACAUGAGGAAAUGUUUUGUUUUUUUUUUCCCAGUUUUGGUGUGGAAGACGUUGACUUGUCUUGCACAGAGUCCUGACCUCAACCCCAUCCAACAGGAGCCAGACCUGAUCCUGGUGCUCUGGAGUCUGAAUGGGAGCAAAUCCCUGCAGCAGGUUCAACUGGAAGGACUGAAACCGGCAGAGUGGAGGCUGAACACGGAGUCAGUCACGCGUGGCUGCAACGUUCAGCUGUCCGCAUACUUUUGGCCUUCACAUUACUUCUUGUAGGUUUUGGCUGUUAAACACAAUGUUGAGCUUUUGUGUUUGAUAUUGAUUAAACCAUAAAAGUCUGGACUUAGUGAAAAGACACCCAGACGUCUCUUGGUUGAUUUAGUUUUUUCAACUUUAAGACUUUUUCGACUCUGUUGAAAGAGCGAAUUUAUUAUAUUUUUCGGUUAUAGUGCGUUUACAUUCGCACAAGUAUCCCUUUUUAUGAUCAGGUUUUUGGAGUAUCCUGGUUAUGUGAUGCGUAUGUAAACAUCCUGGUGUCAACACCUGAUCCUGGUUUCUUUCCUGUUGGCUGAGACGGUGAGAAAUCAAGAGACACCUGCAGGCAGAUGAUCAGAAACCUGCAUACUGUUACGAUCGUGUGAACAGGGAGGUGAAUAACCAGGUUUCAUAUCCCGAAUAAGAUCAAAACCAGGAUACUAGUGCGCAUAUAAACGUGCAGGAAGGACCUGCUUCAAAUAGAAAAAUAGUAAGUUAAAUGCUGUUGAAACAACAAAACAACGGUUUUAAUGUGACUUUCACGUCUUAAAAAGAUUCACUUUUCAACCAAAUUCGGCCCACAAAUUUAAAAUCAACAACUCCAUUGUUAUUCAAACCAAUUAUUAUUAUUAUAAGUACUAAUUUAAGGGAGCGAUUUUAGCAAAACCUUUCCUCCGACACUUCCCAGACUCCUUAAGAUCACAGCUUCUGUCAGAACUGGACUUCAGAUGGAGAACAGACAACAGAACUUGAGUUUUUCAGAUCUGAAGUGAACUGAGCGUCUUCAAGCUUCAGGAAACAUCCCGACUUUUCUUUGUAAGAUGCACUGGAAUGCAUUGCUAUAAUCUCGUGUUUUGUCUUUUUGUAUCCUUUAGAUAAACUCUAUUUAAAUGAUCGGAAACUUCUAUCCAAUGUGUGAAUUGUAAUAAAGACAGAAAUUUAAAUGA